CACAUUGAGACGAGCGAUUUUGCUGAUAACUGCGGAGAAAUACUACUUUUAAAGGCGAAUCUUGAUUCGGACAGUGAAGCUUUUGCGACACCUGCUGGACUUUACCGAGAACUUCAUCCAGAUGAAAUGGGAAAAAAUCUGUCAUGUUGCAUGACCUCUUCGGGCGACGGUCCACAACAGAAGUGUCAAGACUCUUCCAAGUAUGACGACAUGCUCCAGCUCCUCUUACAGCAGGAGGCCAAGAUUGCUGCGCUGGACUUGCUGACCAAGAAGCUGCAGGAAGAACUGAGCAGACUGCAAACAAAAAAUAAUGAGAAAGAGGAGACCAUCAAUCGAAUAGUGAAGGAGAAGCAACACCUGAGAUGCACAAUCUCCACACUGCAAACCCAAAAUGAUGACAAGGAUGAGAUAAUCAAACGUCUCACCAGGCAACUGGCACAACAACACCAAGCAACUGAGUCCAGAACUAGAAGAGCACAGGGUGAAAUCAGAACUCUUCAUCACACGAUCUCUGAGCUGGAGAACAGGGAAAUGUCCUACAGGACCACAAUUUCCUCCCUGGAAAAGAGUGCUCACAGGAGACUUCUCAAGACCUCGAGCUUGCAGAGAGAGCUGAGUGAGAAACGAGGAGAGAUCUUCUCCCUCCAUCACAGACUCAUAGAGUACAUGGACAAGGUGGCUGAACUCAGAGGAACACCCUUUAUCCCCCUGCCUUCUUACCCCCCUGGCCACAAGCCGCCCCACAAGCGAGUGAGAGACAGCUGGAGGAAGAUGUGGGCCGGAACUCGCCUUUAUGUGAUUGCUGAGGAGAAGCAGACCACCUCCUCCCUGCACUGAUCCCCCCAGCUGCCUUCCCCAUGUCCUGCCAACAACAUCGCUGCCCCCAAAGUAGAGCAUUACAUUUUUCGAGAAUUCCCGUGGGUCCCACAAGCAAGGUUCCUGCGGGAUGGGAGUCAAAAUUUUAAAGAUGAACGGGAGCGGGCAGGAGCCGGCAUGAAGAUGAACGGGAGAGGGCAGGAGCGGGCAUAAAGAUGAAUGGGAGAGGGCAGGAGCGGGCAUAAAGAUGAACGGGAGUGGGCAUAAAGAUGAACAAGAGUGGGCAUAAAGAUGAACGGGAGCGGGCAGGAGUGGGCAUAAAGAUUAAUGGGAGUGGACAGGAGCGAGCAUACAUGGGAGCCUACACCUGUCCAUUGUUACACAGUUUCACCCUGGAGACGCAAGGUUCAUAAUUAACUUUUCUUUUUUUUUAAAUUGCCCCCUUUUUUGACGAAACAAGAGAAACAGGAGUAGGAGGGAGUGGGAUUGAUUUUGAGUGGACGUGGGAAACAUUCUUACAGGAGUGGACAGGAUGGGAUUCGUUUCGUUUACUCAAGCCCGGACAAGACGGGAAUGGGGAUGGGAUUUUUCUUUUCUGGGACCGGGAUGGGAUGGGAUCCACUCCCAUGUCAUGCUCUGGCUACUGACCACAUUGAUGCCCCUGCCUUGACCCUUGACCCUCAUGAUCCUCAUUACCACCACCACCACCAGCAGCGGCAGCAGCACACACAC